AAACUUUGCUUGGUGUAUGUUACUCCUUGCACAGCUUUGAGACACCACAGCACUGCCAAAACCCAAUAAGCAGCAAACCUUUUACCGCCUGUCUAUAUAUGAUUUACUACCACCUCUUCUUGUUUGGUCUAAGAUGUUGCAACUUGAUGAGCAUUUUACCGGCUUUAAAUUCAAGGGGUAAAAAGAGGGGAGAGGCAGCAAACAUCUUAAAACACGGAAGGAAAAAAAAGAAUAUGAAAAAAACACGUUUAUGUUAAACUCUUCGGGCCUGAACCCGAAAUUAAAUUAAGUCUUUCUAAGUGAAACUUCGCAUCUCAGCUCGACUUGAUUCCAAUCGUAUUAAUAGACAGAUGGGGCUCCAAACGGUAGGAAGGGGCCCCCUGGUUCAUCCGGGGGGGAAAGGGUCCCCAAGGCUCUCUGGAUCAGGCGCAGCCGCCCCUCGAUUCAACCACUUGCGUAGGCCUCCUCAAGCGGGUCCCGAAGCGUUGAGAGGAGGUGGGCUCGGCGGCGGCUAAACAGCCCAUCCCUAAGCAGGGGAGGGGUUGGAGAAGCUGGGAAGCAGAAAAUGGUUGAAGGCUGUGCCUGUCCUCGACAUCGAGCCGCCAGAGCCGUUUGGCUGGGAGGGGAAGCGAGUGGAGUGGGCAGCGGACCAGCGCUCCCUCCCGAGGCCGUCCUCUUGCUCCCGUCAUAGGGCUUGUUGUUCUGUAGGCAGCGGCGACGGAGGCUGCACUAAGUCUCCCUAGGACCGCAAAGGGCCGGCAGCCGCAUCCGCCUCGGUAACAUGCAGCUGCGGGAGGAGGAGGAGGAGCAGCAGGCCAAGGUGUAGGAGGAGCCGCGGCGGCUUUUGCUUUUUGUUUGUUUUGGUUUCGGACGUGUUCUUGACUGUCUUUUCCGCCUUUUUCGUGUUUUGGCUCGCCUCUCGCCGGAGGAGGAAAAUGGAGUCCUUCCCCAGUAGCGAUCGAGUUCAGUUACCUAGAAAUAUGAUUGAAAACAGCAUGUUUGAGGAGGAGCCUGAUGUGGUUGAUUUGGCUAAAGAGCCUAGCUUGCAUCCUUUGGAACCUGAUGAGGUAGAAUACGAACCAAGAAGUUCUCGUCUUCUUGUACGUGGUCUUGGAGAUCAUGAAAUGGACGAGGAUGAAGAGGAUUAUGAAUCGUCAUCAGCCAAACUUUUGGGGAUGUCUUUCAUGAAUAGAAGUACUGGUCUGAGAAGUAAUAUGGCUGGUUAUAGGCAACGUUCAGAUGGAUCAUGUUCCGCUCCAUCCGUAAGGACCACAAUAAUCUGUGCAGUUGUCCUUGUGAUUGCUGUCUCCGUAAUAAUGGCGAUCUAUCUUCUCCCCAAGUGCACUUUUACCAAAGAAGGUUGUCACAACAAAAACCACACAAUGGAAGAGAUAUAUCCUUUGGCAACUAAUGGGAAACCAUUUCCAUGGGCUCAUUUUAGGCUUCCAGAAUUUGUUGUUCCAAAACAUUAUGAUAUUUUUCUGCAGCCAAAUCUAACCACAAUGAGAUUUACAGGUUCUGUUCAAAUAACUGUGGAAGUUAUCCAGGUUACUAUGCAUGUUAUACUUCAUAGUUCAAAGCUUAAUAUUACCAAGGUAACAUUGGCUUCACUGGGUUCAAGCCAGCCAAAACCAGCUGAUUUCCUGGAAUACCCAAUGAAUGACCAGAUUGCAAUUAUAGCUCCAGAAGCUCUUCUUGCAGGGCAUAAAUAUAAGAUCAGCAUAGAGUAUUCCUCUAAUUUAUCCGACACUUACUCUGGCUUUUACAAAAUUGCCUUUAAGAAUAACAGCUCAACAAGUUGGCUUGCAGCAACUCAGUUUGAGCCCUUAUCAGCAAGAGCAGCAUUCCCUUGUUUUGAUGAACCAGCAUUCAAAGCCAGUUUUCAAGUCAAAAUCAACAGAGAAGCUCAACACAUUGCUCUGUCAAAUAUGCCACAGAAACAAAGCAAUCUCUUGGCAAAUGGAUUAUUUCAAGAUGAAUUCUCUGUGAGCUUGAAAAUGAGCACUUACCUAGUAGCUAUCAUUGUUGGAAAUUUCAAAUGUACCAGUAAGAAAACAAAUGGGAUUUUGGUAUCUGUUUAUGCUGUACCACAAAAGCUUGGGCAGACUGAAUAUGCCUUGAACACAGCAGUGAAGCUACUUGAAUUUUACCAGAAUUAUUUUAACAUAACAUACCCAUUAAACAAAACAGAUCUUGUAGCUCUUCCAGAUUUUCAGGCUGCAGGAAUGGAAAAUUGGGGUUUGAUCACUUUUCGAGAGACAGCACUCCUUUAUGAUAAUAAUACCUCUUCAGCAAUUGAUAAAAAGAGAGUGACAGCAGUUAUUGCUCAUGAGCUAGCCCACCAGUGGUUUGGUAAUCUGGUAACAAUGGAAUGGUGGAAUGACCUGUGGCUGAAUGAAGGAUUUGCUACUUUUAUGGAAAAUCUUGCCAUGAAGAUGGUCUUUCCAGAUUUGUAUACUGAUGACAUUUUUUUAAAUCUGCAAUUUAAGACCAUGGAGAAAGAUUCCAUGAAUUCAUCUCACCCAGUUUCCUUUCCUGUCAACUCAUCAGCAGAGAUUGAACAAAUGUUUGAUAUAGUCUCCUACAUCAAGGGAUCUUCUCUCUUGUUUAUGUUAAAAAACUAUCUUCAUAAAGAUGUUUUCCAAACUGGCAUUCAGAUCUAUUUGCAUGACUACAGCUAUAAUUCCACAUGCAGUGAUAAUUUAUGGGACAGUAUGAAUAAGGUGACACAUGGAACUCCUGAUGUAAAAGCAAUUAUGAACACUUGGACAAUUCAGAAAGGAUUUCCAUUGGUGACCGUCAAAAGGGAAGGGAAAAAAAUCCUUUUGAAGCAGGAAAGAUUUGUGCAUAAUACAGAACUGGGAGAUCAAAUCUUAUCUUCAAGUUAUCUGUGGCAGAUUCCUCUUUCUUAUAUCACAAACAAUGACAGCUCAUCCCUCCCUUUUCAGACAUACUUACUGGAUAAAAAGACAGGUGUAAUUGAGUACCCCCAUGAAAUAGAGUGGGUGAAGUUCAAUGUGAAUGGAAAUGGUUACUAUAUCGUGCACUAUGAUGAUAAUGACUGGAAUGCUCUAAUUCACCAACUGAACACAAAUCCCAGUAUUUUUGAUCCCAAAGACAGAGCCAAUUUGAUUCAUAAUGUAUUUAUUCUGGCUGGGGUAGGAAAAGUCACUUUGUCCUCGGCUUUCAAUCUAAUAGAGUAUAUAGUGAAAGAAAACAGCACGGCUCCAAUCAUGCAAGCUUUGCACCAAAUCAGUCAUAUCUUCAAUUUAGUUGAGAAACGGGGAAUGCUGGAUCUCUCAGCCAGAGUGUUGUAUAGGAUCGAAAAAUUAUUUGGAAAGAAGAUUGAUCAAGAAACGUGGAACGAUAAUAAGACCCUCUCGGAAUUAGAGCUACAAUCAAGUCUACUAAAUUUUGCCUGUUUCUAUAAUUUAGGAACAUGUAAUUCAACUGCUUCUAAUCUAUUUAUGACGUGGAAGAACUCCAAUGGGACACAAAGCUUGCAGACAAAUAUUAUGAAGAUCAUAUUCACAGCUGGAGCAAAAACUGAAGCUGGUUGGCAAUUUCUUUUAAAAAUGUAUUCCUUUGUGGAUUCUGAACCAGAAAAACUCAAAAUUCUUGAAUCAUUGGCCAGCACAAGUGAUGUUAAAAAACUCAUCUGGUUAAUGCAAACAAGCCUGCAAGGAGUUGUCAUCAGAUCCCAGGAUCUUCCAACUGUCAUAAAAACUAUCAGUCAGAGUUUGCCCGGACAUUUAUUGGCAUGGGAUUUUGUCAAAGAAAAUUGGGAUCAGCUUAUCAAAAAGUUUCAUCGUGGAUCAUACACUAUUCAAAGCAUUGUAACUUCAACAACGCAUCAGUUCUCCACACUAGAACAUCUGCUAGAGGUUAAGUCAUUCUUUGAAUCAAAGUCAGAGGAAACUGCUCAGUUGCUGUAUGUUCAAGAAGCUAUUGAGACAAUUCAACUGAAUUGUCAGUGGAUGGAAAAAAACUUGGCACUGCUUGCAAAAUUGCUAUAGUAAUCACAAUUCUCUUAUAGCUUGUAUUAAUCACUAGGAAUGCUGCAACUCUUGAUCUUUUGCUUUUGCAAAAAAAAAAAAGUUAAACAUGAGCAAUGCAAUUUUUGUUUUUUGCACUGUGAGAGAGGGUUGUAGUUAGCUCAGGGUUAAUCUCUUCUGAAUUCGCUCUCUUUGGAGUAUUUGUGGACUGGAUAUAAUUGCUAAUAAGGGAAAAGCUCAUUUUGACCAGAUAUUUACAUCAAGCAAGGAUAAUACAAUAACUUUUAAAAUUUUAGUACAGUUCCUCUUCAUUGUAGGGAAAUGGAAUUAUAUUUCAACUUAUAGAAUACAGUUUUACUUAAUGAAAAAAACAAGAGAGCAAGACAAACACUCCUAAGACCUGCUUUUUCUUUGCAAAAUUCAGUUUGGUCUUUCUCACUGUGCAUAGUUUCCUGAAUUGUAAAUAAUAUCUCUGUUGUAAAGCAUUUUUUAUCACCAUUAUAAGCAGUGGCUAAAACACAAUAAGGUGAAUAGGGGAAAUAAAAAGUAAGAUUUGGGGAGUUCUGGUGUUGAUUUAUCUAGGUAUUUUCUAGAAAUUAUGCAAAUAUCAGAUUUUUUAAAUUUGUCUACAACAUGGCUAGAUGUUACUAGUACUGUGUACUGAAUAAGUUAAAUUACCAUUUGUAAACAUAAGUAAAAUGUUAAGAGAGCUAGGGUGACCUGACCAUAGAGGUUUUCAAAAAAGUUAUAAAUUAUAGGUUGGAGAAUGUUUUAUACAAUAUAGCUUCCUAAAAGUAUGUAAUACACUGAUUCAUCAAUUUCAGAAUAAUUGGUUUGGGAAUUGCCUAGUUUUAAUUCCUUCCAAUACUGCCCUGAAGUUUCCCAUUUUUCUGUACAUAGCUAUUUCUGAAACUAGAUCAUGCCUGUGCUUUGACCAAAGUAACUAUUUGUUAAGUCAUGAUACAUGCUGUUUGUGUCCCCCAUCCUCCUUCUAAAACCUUUCACCGAAAAUAAAGCAUGCCACCAUAUAAGAAAUUAUCCCAUACUUGUGAAAUUCUUCUACCCUGUGCUAACUUUUAUGGUAAAGUAAGAAAUUGGCAUUUAAAACAUUAUUGUCAACAAUUUUUCUGUUAUCCAAUAUAAUUCUAAAAUCUCCCAAUAAAAUAUUACAUUAUAACAAGAAUUGAGAAAAUAAAAACAUUAAAAAAAUGAAAUGUGUUGAUUUAGGCCAGCUUCCCCAACUUGAUGGUUUUUAAAUAUUUUAGAACUAUAAAUUCCAAAAUACGUAACUAUCAUGUUGAGAUUUUCAGUUCUGGGAUUUGUAGUUCUGACACAUCUUAAAGGGCGCCAGAUGGGUAGUGCCUUCAAUCAUUUAAACAGCUAUAGAGUACUCUUAGUUUAUAAAUUUGUUCCUAUCAAAGAGGAUAAUAUAAGAAGCUCUUUCUUCAAGCAAAUAUGAAUUUGGAAAGGUAUGGAUCCAAUUUGACACAGCUUUUGAGACAUGCCUUUUUCUCAGGAUUGGAAGGAGAGGGGGAAAUCCCACUUUUUCCUGAAAUGUAUAUAGAUUCUACUAUAAAAACAAUCAGAAGAUUUGUUUCAACAUUUUACUACUGAUUUUACUUCAUGUUUCAUGGAGGAUUACAUACUCUGGAACAUUUUAGAUCUCAUUAUUUCUGUGCCAUAAAAUCCAUUGUUUCAUAAAUCAGUAUUAGUGUGUUUUCAUUCUUCAUAGGUAUUCCAGAAAUUGGAUAUAAGUGUAGUAAAGCUGAUAUGAUGUUUGUGUUACAAAUAAUUCCAAGUGAAGGACAUUGCUGAAGAAUAUACAAAAUUCAAUGUUUGAAGCACUUUGGGAGCAAUAAGAAAAAAAUUAAGAGAAUCAUUUGAACCAAUUCUGCUUAGUUAUGAAUUUAAUGUAAAAACAUAAAUUAGAUAAGUUGUUUUCAAUUAUAUUUCAAGUGUAUUGAAAACAGAGAAAGAAAGAAAAUAUCUAGUUUUAUACUUCUGAUUCUCUAAUAUACUGUUUUCAUUGCAAGUGAAUAGCUUAACUCUUAAUUUUGUUUGAAAAUAGCUCAUCUUGAUAGCCUCCAAAAUGAAUUGACUUCACAAUGUAAAGAACAUCUAACCUGGUUGUUAGACAAUGUGAGGUUUGCUAUAUUUCUCUCAUAUGUUUUGUUUGCCAAUUACAUUUUUAUAUAUUUCCUUCCUUCCUCCUUCCCCCUCCCCCCCUCUGCUUUUUUGUUAGAUCAUCUGACACUUAAAAUUAUAUGUAGUUGUGUUUGCUACUGGAAAUGUGAACUGGACUUGAAAAUGUAGCACACACAUGUUCUGAAUUAGAAUAUUUUAUUUUAAAUGAAAGCACUGCACUGAUACUUUGAAAAUACUUUCAAUUAUUUAUCUUUUUAAAAAUAAUAGUGGCUUGGUUUUGAUUUACAUUUGAUUAAUUGUGCUCAAAUGGAGAAACAUAUUUAAAAAUAAUAAUGUAUGGAUUUGGGAUUUGUUCCUUAUCAAAGCACUUAUUUGCUUCCAACAAAGUUUGAUUUCCAACAAUGGAUAAUCUGGAAGAGUUGGGUUUUCUGUUCAUAUGUAUUUGUAUGUAUAUUGAAACCAUAAAUGAUAGAUAUUAUACUUUAAAUAUAAUUGUCUUGAGUCCAUUCAGAAGAAUAAUUUUGUGUAAUAGAAUGAAAUGCUUUUAUCUAGUUAAAAAAUUAGUGGUGACUUUAAUAGAGUAGAGAAUUUUUUACUACAUCAAGAACUAAUUAAAGUAAGUUGAAUGUCCUCAAUUUUCUUUAUGGCUUCUUAGCUUAGAAAUGCCUGAUUCUAAAUCUUGAUCAAAGCUUUUGUUCUGUUUUGAAAUCUUAACAUCUUCUACAUGUAUCCUGUUGGAAGUGGCAGUUAUUUUGCUUUGAUUUUCCACUCCUCAAAUCACUUGCUUUACUAUAGAAAUACAGUGUAAAGUUAUACAAACUCUAUACUGUACGUCCAAUCCCCCAGUUAGGUUCAAAACUUUCUGUAAUAGAUGAGAUUGGUAUUGUGGAAAACAUGAAUGAGAUCAAUUGGUUGUGUUUUCAAUCUGUUUGAAAACAUAGUUCAUGUGCCUUAAAAUAUAAGUAUUGUACAAAAUAUAUAAUGAAAGUCUGUUUUUCUUAAAAGCCCUUCAUAGUUAAGAAUUUCCAUAACUUUGAAGAUUAUUGAGAGCUAUAAUAUUAGCACUUAAUCAGUGAAGGAAAACCUUUUUGUUCAACUUAUCAACAUGUCAGUUUGAAUGUCUAAACAAAACAAAAUGGUUUUGAUCUUUAUAGCAAUGAGUCCCACAGGACUUUAAAUAGCCAAGGGUGUUGUAUAUGAAUGGCUAGUUUAUUCUCAUUGGUGUUAAGUGUAUACUUAAAAUGCACAUGGAGCAUUGUGUGUUUCUUUAUAUGUUUGCAUUGAAGCAUUUUAUUAAAGAGAUAAUUAAAUAAGGCUUAUCCCAAUAAUCUGGCUUUGUGGUUAAAAUGUAUAACUAUAUUUGAAGGACAUCUUUUAAGUCUACAAACUUAUUUGCAUCUUAAAUAUGUUUAUAUAUACAUGCACACCAAUAUGUGUGUAACACAGAUAACUUUUUUGCCUAUUUUAUUUCACAUUGAAAGACUGGGCUUGUCUAUUAUAUCAUCAUAAUUACCCCAAACGUUUUCAUUGUGGUUCUCAAAAAUCUGUUUGGGGAGAAAAUUAUUAGAUAUGUAUAACAGGGGAGUCACUAUAGUAGCUAUAUAUAUUUUUUAAUAUAAAGGAAAAUAUAGUUUUAUCCUGUUUCCACAUGUUAUAUUUUUGAGGACAAAAGUGUGC